AUGUCAAGCGUUGAUGCACGCAGCGUGGGAGGGACACCACGUUCUAGCUUUGACGCAAUCUUUGACAGUAAUUCAAUACGAUCUACAAGAAGGAGGACAUCAAAUACUUGGAAACGAGUUGCCAGCUUAUAUUCAUCUCCAAAGCAAAAAGAAGAUGAUGAUGGUCCAGAUGAAGAUAUGUGGGAUAACAACGAUCAAGACUUCCAACAUCAAAUUAUGAUCGAAGCAAAAUUACAAAGCAAGGCUCGUAUACGGCCUAGCAUCGACGAAAUCUGGCUCAACGGUGCAACAUCAAUGGAAGAAGUGGCAUCGCCUAACGAGCUUCUAUCGCCAUAUAGCCAUGCCAAUUCACAAGUCGCAUCUUCCUCUACACCGACCCUCUUGACUUCAUUUACAGAUUCGCCAUCGUUUCCAGGAACACCGUCAUGGCAAAAACCUCAAUCCUCAACUUCGAAUCCACGCCCAUCUUCAACAACCAAUGCAAGCCUGAUGACAUCCAAAAGUUACAGUACCUUAUCUAGCGAGGCAAGUACUGCUCCAACCUUUCCUUCUCCUGCUUCUAGCAAAGCAGAACUUCGAGCUCGUCAACGGUAUAGUGGAGGAAACGCUCGUCUUGCUGCUGUCUUCGGUACUCCGAACGGUGGUGCAGACAGUAGGACGAGCAUGAGCGAAGAUGCCUCACCAGUCAGCGCAACCUUUGAACAUGCAAGCCCGGCUUCGAAGCUUGCAAGAAAUCAGCCUUCCGCACUUGCACCUUCGCUUUCUGGUCAUUUACAAUUCGGUGGCUGGACGCAAGAGCAAAUUGAUUCACCGGGUGCAGAAGCAGAUCGUCAAUUUGGCUCUCUUGUUUCUUUUCCAAGACCGGGAUCCAUAACCGAAGAGACGAGUCCUUCUAGGUAUAUCGCAUCUGCCACGGUUAAUGAUGUUCUGAACACACGCACAUACAGUCAAGAUCGACUUGGAUCGCCUGCUACUUUGCAAGAUGACGAAUUGCCUGAUGUCAGUAUAUCCAAUAGACACAGAGGAAAGGCAUUAAGCGCAUUGCUUGGCGAGCCAGAAGAGGUGAUCUUUGCUACCAAAAAGCUAGAAGAUGCGAAAAUGCUACCGCCACUUCCACCAAACAAAUCAAAGGCGACAGAUUACCGCAAUUCCGAGCAAGGACUUAUCUCAGGUCUCAAGAAGAAGCUUUUGUCAACAAGAAAGACUGGCGGAAGCCCAAUCAAGAAUAAGUCAUCAUCUGCAGCUUCCGUUCACCAAUCAAAAGCGACAGAUACAAUUGCGGCCUCGAACAGCUUCCCGCUCUAUACGAGCUUGUCUGACAAAGAUGCCCUAUCAGAAGCACAAGCUGCAGAUCAGAACAGGAGACCAUCGUUGCCUCAUAUCAGCACGAUGCCCGUCAUACCUGCAAGACGGAGAUUCUCUAUGCAGCAUUCACCCGGUAUGCAUUCUUCUUUUGAUUCAAAAGCACACAAUGACAUACAAGAAACGCUUGCUGAUAGCAAUUCAGAAGAGAGUACACCUGAACCACUUUCACUACAACGUAAAUCGAGUAUGGAAAGUGUCAUUUCACGUAUCCCUCGCCCGUCGGAAGGUAGAAUUGCCAGAUCGAGAAGUCGAACAGAGGCACCUCGAUCCAAUCGUGAUAGCAUUGUAGAGCACGUUUCAUACGAGCAUGCUCGGUCAAGAAGCAGCAUUGUAAGUCUCGGUAUUACGCCCGAUAUGGUCAAUGAUGUGAUCCCAGUAUCACCUGCUUUUUACCGCAACGCUACACAUGAGGAUGUAUGCGAAGAGCUAGAAGGUGAAACGGGUAGUAUCGAAGAAGAGAAAAACAGAAGGGUAUCGAUCUCCUCCCAAUCGUCUUCAAAAGCUUCAGCUCCACGCCGACCUUCUCGUUCAGACGGUAAUGGGCCGCUGCAUCGCCAUCCUUCCAUUGAUUCGAUCAAUCCAGAUCAGAGAUCGUCUCUUGAGCAAUCUUUCAAUUCUGCUCACAGCAAGCGUUGGUCGACUGUCGGUCCAGCAUUUUUGACGUAUAUUGACCCACAAAAGACUAAUGCGAUCGAAGCGAAUGCACAGAAUGACUUCAGACCAGCAUCUCCUUUUGAAACUAUUUUCAAGGGUGGUCGAAGGGAUAGUGAAGCUUCUUUGUCUUUGAAAAAGAUCGUAUCAAAUGGAAACAGUGAGAAUGCGGAUAUGGCCGCACGAGGUUCAAUCUCUUCCGCUAGAGAUGACUCGCUACGGAUCAAUGCUAUCUUAUCUCCUCCAAUGGCACCUCAAACCAACGAUGAUGUAUUUGGAAGUGAGGCCCAAGAGAAAGACUCACCCAGAGUAAAAUCGCCAGUGAAAUCUACAAAAGCUUGGUCGCGAAGAAAAUCUUUUGUGGAACCUACGGCUAAUCGAUUAUCAAAUCUGCUCAAAACCGGCAUUGGCAAGAAGGCCUCCGGAUUGUUGCAAAGCACAAGCCCGGAUGCUAAACUUGAAAGAUCAAAAAUAAAACAACCAGAAAGAGAUGUAGAUGUUUUGGAUUUGUCUUUGAAUGGUUGGGUGGAAGAUUCGUCUGGAGCAUGGACCGGAAGCAGAUCGCCUGCUACUGCUUCUUUCACUGGCUCAAGCGCAAAUCGAAGCUCGGCUGGAGCAUCUUCGUUGAACCAGAAAGAGUCACAAUCUUUGCAUCAGAACCCUAUCGACAUUCCAGCUCAAGGAAGUACAGAAAUGAGGUCUUCUCGCUCGACCGAUUUGGGUCUAGAGAGGUUGAAAACGUGGCACAACGGAAGCUCGACGAAUCUCAGCUCAUCAUUGAGCAGCAGUAAUAAUACAAAGAGACCAACAUUUGGACUUGAUCUUCAGCCCGAUGCAGCAUCAGCUUUUGACAGUAUCCCACUACCAGAGACGCCAGAAAGAUCAAGGUCAAGAGCAGGAUCGAUUUCAUCUUCAAAGUAUGGAGCCAUGUCAAAUGAACAUUUGGUAUUACCUUCACCUGUGCUCUUCCCUAGUCGCCCGGACGGAAGAACGAGCGGUGAAGAAGUGGUGCUGGCUAGCGAGCCUGAAGUAUACAGAAAGGCCUCAUUCAUGAGCGAUCGAAGACCGACCCUUUCCAUGCCGUCUGACUUACCAGCAGAUGUGGACGAUGUGGAAGAUCUGCUUGACGACGAUGAAGAAUAUGAAGAUGUUUACGAUCAAACUUUGACGGGCGAUGAAACACUUACAACUUAUGAUACCAGACGGUCGCACGUCUUGCCUUCUCCUGGUAUGGAUGAAGUGGAAUUACUGGAAGAUGAUGAAGACUCCAAAUCAUCUCAUUCACUCGAUCAAGUAGGUAAAGACGUGACAAGCAAUGGUCACACACUUUUGAGCGGUAAUGAAAACGAUUCCAAAAAUAUUUCAUCUUUGCACACCUAUCGAUUCCCAACUGGUCGUUCGUCUUUGCAAGAUGGCAAAUCAACAACUUCCCUCCUUAUCCCAAAUAAAUCGGACAAUGCUAAUCCCCCCAGCGAAAGAAUCAGUCAACCGCUUUAUCCUCUCCCUCAUCCAUCCACAAACGGUCAAAAUAGUUCACCCGUCUAUAAGCCGAUCUUGGCAUCUCAUUUACGUCGACCUUCAAGUAGUGCGUCUUACGUUUAA